CUUACGGAAUGGAAAGAAAAGAAACAUAUCUGAACCAUGUGAAGGCAUUGUGAGUGACUGAAUCACAGAGUGAGAUUAAAAUGCAAUGGGGUGUCUCCUAACGCUCAUAAUGAACAGUUCACGAAACAUAACAUCACCAAUGCCGGCCGAACAGAUGCUGAUAUACAGCAUCGCGAUGAUUCUCAACACCUUCAUCCUGCCCAUCAUUGUGUUCACGGGGCUGGUGGGGAACACCGUAUCCUGCAUGGUGUUCGUGGGCAAGGAUUUACGCCGCCUCUCCUCCAGCGUGUACGUCCUCGCUGUUCUCAUCUCAGACACGGGGACGUUGUUGUGUCUCCUUUCAGUGUGGUUGGAAGUUCUUGGAUUUGGAAUCAAUCAUAUGCAGGGUAUAUGCCAGCUGUUCGUAUACCUGACCUAUGUGUGCAGCUUCCUCUCAGCGUGGUAUAUGGUGUGUAUAACGGUGGAGAACUUCAUUACGAUCUGCCACCCUAUGAAGGUGAAGGUCAUGUGCACAAUGAACCGCGCAAGCGCUGUUGUGGUUAUUCUGGCCGCCGCUGGCAUGCUGAUGUACUGUGUUACUGUGAUCACUACUCAUGUGAGGACGAAUUCCUAUAACCAACAGCUGUGUGAUCAGAACCAAGACUUUGAUUUCUUAGUGUCUGUGUUCACGUACGUUGAUUCCAUAGUGACGCUUCUACUUCCGGUGUCAAGUAUAGGGUUCAUGCUCGUCGCCAUGGGAUUCUCUAUAGCCAAUACGGUUCGAUGGAGAAAAAACAGCCCACGGACAGACAGUGCACGGAGAUGUAUAAAAAGUCCACAAGUCCGAGUGACAAAGAUGCUAUUUGCCCUUUCAACGACAUUUUUAAUAAUGAAUGCUCCCUUACAUUGCAUGAGGUUGUACUACCUUCUCCGGGACAGCACCAAUGCACAGAUGUCCCACACUGCAGCAUUGGUCCAUCUGUUUCUGCUGUUCAUCUCCUACUCACAUUGUGCUGUGAAGUUCUUCCUAUUUAUUGGUUUCAGUAGAAACUUCAGGAAAAGUUUGAAAGAACUGGGAUUCAUGUGCUCCGUCUGUACCAAAGAUGUGAACAGUCAUCCAGCCUAUGUAUAG